AUGGUACUAAAACGAUUUAAACCCCUACUUGAUCGUGUUCUAGUACAAAAAUUUAGACCAGAGACAAUAACAAAGUCAGGAUUAUUCUUACCAGAUAGUGCUACAAAAGGAAGUAUUGCUAGUCUACAAGGUUUAGUACUAAGUGUAGGACCUGGGAAAAGAAACAAAAAAACAGGGGAAUAUAUUAAGUGUUCUGUAAAACCAGGAGAUGUUGUUGUAAUCCCAGAAUAUGGAGGGAUUCCUUUUAAAGUAGAAAAUAAAAAUGACCAAAACAGAAAUGAUGAUCUGUUUAUUUAUCGUGAAGAUGAUUUGGUAGGAAUUGUGGAAGGAGGAAAACUUGAAUAA